CUUAUGGCCUCUGGGUGUAGUUGGCUCGAAACGGUUGUGCAUGGUUUAUUCAAUCAGUUUGGUUGAUGAUCACUCGUAGAUCAUGUAGAUAAUAUGUAAUAUUGGGUUCGACUGUUUGUGACAGUGUUUUCCUUUUAUUUGUAUUAUUAUUGAGUACUCGAUGACUUAAGCUUGACUCAUGUUUAAUAAAUUGACUGUGUGCAUCAUGUAAUGCAGAUGACUGACUCCGUUUUCAAGAAAAAUAAAUGUGAUGAGGUUUUUUUAAUGGUAUGUAAUGAUGUUUUUUUAAGGAUCAGCCAUAGCUGAUGUUUGGCUGAUAAAAAAACACAUCUAGAUGUGCUAUAGUUAUUGCACAUUUAAGUGACUCAAUGAAACUAGAAAAAAAAGACAAAAGAAAAUGCUUGCGCGAAUCUUAGCAUAAAACUUAGAUGUGCAAUAUUUAGAGCAUAUCUAGAUAUGCUUUAGCAAAACUGAUUAAAAAAAAGCAGGGAGUUAUGAUAAAAGUGACAAAGAUGAGGUCCGAAGAUCAAGGAAAGAAGAAGUAAAGGAAAACAAGUUUUUUUUAGCAAUGGUAAAAGUGACAACAAUGGGACCGAAGCAGGGAGCAGUUUUUUUUAAUUGUAUGCAAUGAUGUUUUUUAGCAAUGUGUUUGUUUCAACUAUAUGCGAGUUGGUGUUGACUGUCGCAUGUAGAGUCAUGCAGAGGUUAUUCAUACACUCAUUAUGUGUCGUAUCUCUUUUAUGCUAUUGUUGAGUUUAAUAAAAAUGCCAUUUACUAAUAAUAAAACGCAAUAUCUAAAUGAUGAAUGUUACAAUUUUUUUUGAAUUACAGAAUGACUCAUGCUCAUCGGAUUUUCAACACUCGGUUGUGACUUUCUCAAGAAGUGACGGUGAUGGACCGGCUCAGUUUUUUCUUCCUCUCCUUCUUGCCCACCCUGCCGCCGCUCUCAUCCUGCCGCUGGCCUCUCCUCCUCCCGACCUCCAUCGGUGCAUGACAAGUGGCUAUCUGUCCCGCCUCCAACUCCCACCACAACUGAACAGUUCUCUGCCACGAGGCUGCAACGGUCAACGGCAAGCAAGAGGAGCGACAGUUUGCAAUGGGAUCUCGUGGGUGAAGUAGAAGUGGUGGAAGCCAUCAAUACAGACUAAGCAUAUGUGUUGUUUUCCGUGUUUGAAUGGCCAAAAUGGCUUUCAAAUGGUGAAUUAAGAGCAGCCGAUUAUGACACUAUGCAUAUUGGAUGCAUGAGCAAGAGUAAAAUGAAUUAUAAAAGGACAAUUUUGAGGCGUAUAACCGUAGUCGUAGUCUCUAUUAUUUUUGUGUAUGUGUGUUCAAUUACCCUAUAUCUGAUAUCCAUUGUUCUAUUGAUCUAAUAUAACCAAAAUUUAAUUAAAAAUUGGAAAUAGAAGGAGAAGGGGUGAAAGAACGUGGGCUACUAGAACACAAGCCUCACACACCAUCGUGGUUAUGUUCGCCAGCCAUAUACGUGCACACUUCAUCGGGAUCCUAUAUAUUGAGACCUCCACAGAUAACCCAUCGAUCUUUGAUGUCAAAAAAAAAAACAUCGGUCUUUAUAUAUUGGCGUACUGUCCUAGUCGAACUACAACAAAUUCGUCGUGAUAGGCGCACGUUCCCUACCGGCCGGCCGGGAAUAUCUGCAGCGGGUACACGGCAACAUGUCAUCUCUUCUCUUCCGACUUGGGCGAUCCUUGUGGAAUUUCGUCAAGCAAAAAAUACUGCACCCAGCGACGAAGCCUCGUCGACGCAAUCUUCCCGUCCUUCGCGGCGACUUCAGGAGGCCGGCGCUCAACUGCCCCAGGUACAUCAUCUCCACGGUCUGCGAAUUCGCUCUCUUGAUCUGGCUGUUCGGGACGGCGUACUGCUACCUGACCUACGACCUGCCACGCGAGUUCUCCGUCCACUUGACGCCGAUCCCGAGCAACGCCAGCGCGGGGGCUCCGGCCGCGGCGACGUCCGUCCCCCGGGCCUUCGACGUCGUCCUGCACGCCGGCAACCGCCGCACCGCGGAGAGGUGCUACCACCACGGGGAGGGGGCGGUGACGUACGGCGGCUUCACCGUCGCGUCGGGCCGCGCGCCCGACUUCUGCGUGCCGUGGAAGGGGGCGCGCGAGGUGCCGUUCAGGCUGUCGUGGGACUGGAACGACGGCGUUGGUCUGCCGGAGAACCUGCGUGGCCGCAUCGCGGCGGCGGAGAAGGUCGGCGCCGUGGAGGUCGAGGUCCAGGUGCGGCUCCUCCGGGGAGGCGACGCCCGCUCCGGCACGGGCACGCCGACGUGGAUGUGGUGCAAGGCGGGGACGGGUGGAGCGCCUGGAGCCGUCACCCCCUGCACCGUGUUCGCUCCGCAGAACUGGUUUUCGCCCCUGGCCUAGCCGCCUCCGUUCCUUGCCAGAGCUCUUCCUCGACCCCUGCACCUCCCGCCACGGAUUCAACCAGAGUUCCACUGCUGAGGAUUGGAACCUCGUCCGGCCAGCCUAUUGGUGGCGAAAACACCGCCCCAGACACCAGCGUCCAAGCCGCCGAGCCGCGUCUCCUUUUUCCUCUGGGCAGAGGAAUUUCGUCAAGUUCAGAGACAGAACCUGUCAUCGCUGCCUCCUCAAAGGGCACUGCAAGGUGGAUUGCCGAAAUCCAUUCACCUGUUUCAAAUGCCGGCAGUUUGGCCACCGCGCCCGGAACUGCACCUCGUCGCGUGCUGCGGCCGUCACGUCUGCUCCUCCUCCCAGUCCUGAUGCCCCUCAUGCGGACAGCAGAAGCAGCCAUGGUGACCAUUCUGAACGUCGUCGCGGUGCGGUUCCUGCCAACCGUGAUGCAAGAUCGAUUGGCCGCUGCCAUGGCGGCAGACAGACGCGACUACAACGCGAGAGAUGAUCGCUGUUGUGGUAAUGAGAGGCAGCCGUCUAGGCGCGACCGCAUCUUCAGAAACAUACCAUGGGCAACGGAGGAGCGCGACAACGAGGAUUGGCUCGACUCCAGGCAUGAUGGCCGCCAUGCCCCACGUCCCGAUGAUCUCGGUGGCAGAAGGCGGUGCGGGGCAGAGUCAUCGAUUUCGGAUGCGCGACGCAUCGACUGGACUCGGGUGCAGCGCCUCCCCGAUGGGGCAGUCAUCCCAGCUUCAGGUCGCCGCUCUCGCAACAGAUCCCCUGAUCACUCGGCGAGGACGAUGCAGAUACCCACCCUGGAGACUCUUCGCACCGGGCAGCGUGGCCAUUCUCCUCCGCCGUCGCCUCGUACUACUUCAUGCGACAUCAUCGAGCUCAGGCCGUCACCUCACAGCGACUGGGAUGCUGCCCCUACUUCCCCUACAGCGAGCGCCCAGUCUCCCCGUGCUCCAUCCCCAUGCUCUGAGCCUGAGCCGGUCACCCCGGUCUUCGUCCCGGCUGUUGGCAAUGUGGUGGCGCCGCCGUGCUCUCCUCUAUUUGUUGUUUGCCCGCCACCGCUACUUGCCGCGCCAAGAUCACCCUCUCCAAGGCCAAGGCCACCGACGAAGAGAAGAAAGACGUUGGCUGGGGUGGUGGGCUUCGACCUGGGCCGUCGGAGCCCUCGUCUUCAUGCCAAGAACAGGUCCAUGCCCGUUGCUAAGCUCGCUGAGAGGCUGCUCUGCCUGAGAAUGGGCAUCGUGGGCGAUGGCGAAGAGGUCACGGAGGAAGCGAUCGGUCGCUUUGUGGCAAUGUUCAAGGGCCAACUCUCUGACUUGGCGAUCGCAGGACUACGCACUCUCUUCAAGCUGGAUUGUGACCUUGCGACGGCGGUGGAGGACGCGCUGUUGCAGCAUGGUGGAGAGGGUGGCUCCGGGAUGCCAACUCCAACAAGAGAAGUCGCCACUGUUUAGGCCUCUGCCUGUUUGCUUGCUGCUGUAGUUUGUUUCCUAUGUUAAAAAACAUGUACUACGGUCCUGAUUGCCGGUCUGAAGCUGGUUUUGGUAGCUGCUGCCCUGAUGUGCCCUGGCAAGGCUUAGUUGGAUAUGGCUGGAGCUGUUCCAUUCAAUUGAAGUUGCUUUGUUUUCCCAA